AUGGCUUUCUCCAUAAACAAUUCCACAUGUCAUUUCACUAUCAACAAGAAGACUCACGGGACUGUGAGAUUUUUGGAACAAGAAAGUGAUGACGAGGAUUACCAUUAUGCUACCGGUUUGCUAAAGAAGCGCAAAUCUGUCAGCACGCCAAGAACAGUGGACAUGCUGAUCAAUAGUAAUAGUAAUGGUGCAAGCCAUAUAUCUAGUACAAUUACACCAUGUCCAACUCCAGAUCCAUUCAAGAAAAGGGUUGAAGAUGAGGUGUUUUUUCAGGAUAUUCCACAGAGUCCAGUUUCUAUGGCAUCUAGUACACCAGAAGUUCCACGCGAUGAUAUAGUUGCCAGAGAGAGAUGCUUUGAUUUUAUCGUACAGUCAAUCGAUGAGGUUUGGGCAAGAUAUGUUGACUCAUCAUCUACUGCAGAAACGAAGACAUAUUAUCUUCGUAGUGGUGGAAACAAUUUAAAUAGUGCAGACAGCUCUUUCCAAUCGACUUCUGAUGAUUCUUCUUGCUUUGAGGAUGAUGUAGAGGUGAGCGAAGAAGAUGGAUACAAUUCCGAAGUCACUUCAUGUACAGAGUUUGAUGAAUCAAACAUCAAAAGUCUGCAGUCUCUAAAAUACAGGUUGACUAAUGCAAAGAAUGACUUGGAAUUAAACUAUGAUUCUCCUGAUCUUACAGAUUCCAUGGAAUUUUGGAGGCGCUGGGAUAUGAUAAAAUACAGCGCUGUGGAAUUAAUGGAGGAUGAUGAUGACGACGAAUUGAUAGAAUCUGUCAUCGAAGAAUUGGAGAGAGGAAGAAGUGUGGGCCUUUAG